AUGACAGAAAGAUAUUCAGCACUUAACCAAUUUAGAUAUAACUUUAAUUAUCAAAAUGAAAUAUUACAAAUGUUUUAUUGUCCACACGUUGAUUUAAUAGUUAAACAAGGAUCUCCCUUAGCUAAAAUUGGUUCUUCUUCUUUCAAGAAACAAAUAAUCAAUGGUACUUUACAUUGCAACUCUUGUGAUAUAAAAACUCCAAGAAUAUGGAUUUGUUUAAAUAGUAAUUGUUGUGUAAUAGUUUGUAAGAGAAACUCUCCUACAGGACAUUUGCAUACUCAUGUUGAAGGAUAUCAUAAGGGAGGAAAAAAAAACCACUGUCAUUGUAUAUUUGCAAAUCCACAUAAUUUAGCAAUAUGGUGUCAAGCUUGUAAUGUAGAAUUGAAUCCCUUUGAAAAGAAUUUCUUAUCAUUGGAAACGCAAAAAUUCUUAAAAACCAUUGUUAGAUGUCUGCAAGUUAAAAAACAUAAAUCACAUCAAAGUUUUAAUAAUCUAGCAAUUGAUGUUCCUGGUCUCGUUGGAUUAAAAAAUUUGGGAAAUACCUGCUAUGCAAGGCCAUCAUUAACAAAUUAUUUUAGUUAUUGUGAAUCAUAUAUACCAAAAUUUCACACUAGUACAAGAUUACAUGGAUAUAAAUUAGCUGAAAGGUUUCACAGGUUUUUUAGAUCAAUGUGGAAUGGUAACAGUGCAUUAUAUUCUCCAAAUGAUUUAAUUGAUGAGAUAAAAAAUUACAAUGAAGCUUUUCGAGGUUAUGGACAACAGGACUCUCAAGAAUUUCUUCCAAAAUCAUCAAGUUAUGCUAGAAGCAACAAUAGUCAUAAUUAUAAUAGUACCAAUGAUGUAUAUGAGUCAUCAUCUUCUGCUUUGAUCACAGCAAAUAAUUUUUCUGAUAUUGUUGAUAACCACUCACUUUCUACAAGUGUUAUAAGUAAUAUUUUUCAAGGGUUGCUUGAGAGCAAAAUUAGAUGUUUAAAAUGCAAAAAGGAUUAUUUCAAGGAAGAUCGAUUUUAUGAUUUAUCAAUUCAAAUAAAUAAAAAAUAUAAAUUAAGAAAUAUUGAUGGUAUUAAUUCUAGUACUUUAUCUAUGAGAUUAUUUGUUGGUACAUUAAAAAAAUCUCUUGGAAUUGGUGGUCAUACUGCAAGCCUUCAUGAUUGUCUAGCAGAAUUUUGUGCAACUGAAAAUCUUGCAGGCAAAGAUAAAUAUCGAUGUGAACAGUUCCAAUUUCCAAUGGAAAAUUUGGACAUGAGACCAUAUUGUAAGGAAUCAAUAUCAAAGAAAAAUUGUGAUAGUCCAGGUAUUAGUGAAAAACAAGAAUCAUUAAAAGUUACUAAAUAUGAUUUAUAUGCAUUAAUUCAUCAUCGUGGUGGCUUAUCUGGUGGUCAUUAUAUUGCUUAUGCCAAAAAUCCCAUUGAUGGGAAUUGGUAUGAAUUUGAUGAUAUGUUUGUCACUAAAAAAUCUGCUGAUGAGAUAAUGAAGAUCGAAGCUUAUAUAUUGUUCUAUAGUAAAAAAAAUCCUGAAAAAAAUCAAGAGAGAGUCUUAAUUCAGAAUCUAAUAAGGAAUAAUUCUGAAAUUUCUGAAAAUGGAACACACUGUUGGGUUUCAAGAUUAUGGUUUAAUAGAUGGCAAUUUAUGAUGACAAUACCAAUCAAUGUUUAUUCAAUGCUGGUUGACAAAUAUGGAACUGAUGGUAGUCCACCAUUGCUUAUAUCUGAUGUUAAAUCAGCAGGAUGUUCUAUAUGCCAGCAACAAGAAAGAUUAAUGGAUAAAAGACGUCAAAAAGAAGCUUGUGAUAUUCAAAAAUUAGACACAAGUUCAUUACAAAAAACAGAGUAUUGGUUUCUAAUUAGUUCAGUAUGGCUUCAAAAAUGGCAUAAUUUUAAAGCUGGAGCACCUCCACCAGGUCAUAUUGAUAAUACAACAUUUUUGAAAAAAGAUGGAACACCAAGACCUGGGAUGAAAAUAGGUAUUGAUUAUAGAGGAGUUAAUGAAAGGGUUUGGAGCUAUUUUGAAUACAUAUAUGGUGGUGGUCCUGUAUGUGUUAGAGCUGUUAUUGAUCUUUAUUCAUCGCCGUUAGACUUUGGAAACCCACAAACUAAAUCUAACAAUAGCAAUGUUGUAACAAGCCCAAAAACUUCAAAAUAUUCAUCACACCAAUCACACCAUUCUUCCAAUCAAGUAUAUCAAUCACGCCAACCUUCAAAUCAACAACAUCAAUCAUCUUAUUUGUCACAUCUAAUUCAUUCACCAAAUUCAUCACAUUUAAAUCAUUCAUUGCCAAAAAAUCCACCAUUAAAUCCAGCUUAUCCAGGAAAUUAUUAUAAAUAUGAUAAUCGACCAAGAUUUUAA